AUGCCUGCCCGCAGUAGCCCUAAGAAGAAGAGAACGAAGCGUAAAGCUACGGACUCUGACGGGCAAGAGAUUUCAACCAAGAAAUCACGGGCUGGGGCCAUGCCACUCUCCAUGUCGCAGCAGACUCCAGAUGUGGAUAGCUCCUUACUCCCUCGGCGUUCUGGACGUCCAGGCGCAGGAACAGGAGGCAGGGCCAAUCAACUUGAGAGAAUCGGUGCCCUUUUGGGUGCCCCAGCACGGACCAGCCAACCCAAGGGCUCUACCUCCCUCGAUUCGAACGUUCCAGUUAACCCUCUUGCUCCAGAACCAGUUCGUAAGGGUCGUGGAAGUCGGGCAAAGAAACCUCCUCCACCAUAUAGUGCCUCUGAGCCGGCGGAUCCCCCUGCUGCAACUUCCACUAAAGCUAAGGGGAAGAAAGCCAAGGCGACGAAGACAGCUGUUAUCCCUCCCUCAAGCAUGGAGGCGUCAGAUGUCCAACCCGGUUUUCAUCGACGUGAAGCUGGUGCAAGGUUUGGUUUUUCUCAACACAUCGUUCCCCCGGGCACAGAACCUGACUUGCAAGCGCUCAACAACCCAUACGUGGCUGCAGCAAGGGAGAAGGUUGCUGUAACGUGUCUUCCUGCUCCUAUUGGUGCCUCAGCAGCGAUCGGACGUCUUCCUGCUACCAGUACUAGAUCUCCAAAGAAAGACCCCGUGCCACUGAUACCUUCAAGAUCUACGUCAGCUGCACAUCAAUCUGAUCGCAUGUUCUAUCAAAAUUUGGACCCUACCCUUCGAUCAGCAGAUGAUGGAAGUGGUCAGAAAGACUCAGGAUCAGACAUGUCUAGCGAGGGUAGUGAUACAAGUACUACUGAUGACGAAGAAGAUCAGGAAGUUGGUUGGGGAGCAUCAAAGGGAUACCUUACCGCGCACCCUGGUUUCUCAAAGGAAGUAUUACCAUCUCAACCCCGGGUCACCACUGCUCUGCCAUCGGACUUCGAGUUCCAAUAUUCCCGCGAUGAAGACGAUAAUAUAGCAUUGGCUGCAGAGGAUAGUGCCUCCAGUGAUGAUGACAAUCAGCCGGCGGCCAUUGAACCCAAGCCAGAUGAUGUUUUACUCCGUCACCAAAAGAAAAACGGACGUCCCCGUGUUCCUAAUCCCGAAUUCCUUGAUCUCCUCCGAUCUUCCGACACGACAUCAAUCAAAGUGGAGGAAUCAGAAACCAAAGCUACUAUGGCCAAAGCACCAAGAUCCAAGGAACCGUCUGAGCCCAAGCCCACUCAACUUGGCUGGUACCCGCCACGCUGGAAGGCCUUCCUUGAGGAUGCCAAAGGGGAUUGCCGUACCCAGCACGCAAUCGAGAAUGCAUUCCCGACUUUGGCUGAUGAUCUACCCAUUUCCGUCACUGAAGCUCUCACAUCAUCUCUUGUAGAAUGGCUUGAAGGCAGUAAGCAGGUCGAACCAGGUCUGUGGCCCGAUUACAAGCCUGACAUGGCGAAACUGCUGUACGAAGAUUUGUCAACCUGGCGCUCCGAUUUGAAGAAAACAGCAGUUGCCAUAGCACCCACCAUGUACAACCUCAUCCCCCCGCCCGAAGUCCCUAUGCAAGAUCGUGUGACAUGGGUACAGAAUACCGCUAAGGAGCUUUUGCACGAUUCACUUUUUCUUCACAACGGUGUGGACGAACUGGGGAAAACUAAUAAUGCUGCUCACCCUGCACUCCGGGAGGCCGCCAUCAGUUUCUUAUAUACUGGAUCUUAUCGUGUUGCUCGCAGGAGGCCGGAUAUUUUCAAGAAGGAGAUACCGUUGAACAGCCUAGCUUUGAUUUGCACUGCGUACCAUUGUGUCCUGGACGGCUUUAUCAAGAAUGGCAAUGGAAAAUCAUUCCCAAAAUUUUCCGCUAAAGAAUACAGCACCAUCUACCAGUCAAUGAUUGCUCUACUUGAGGAUGUCAAGAACGACCCAUACCACGGACCUAAAUUGAUGCGGCAACUUCACGAGUGGGCCGCAGAAGGAUGGGCGGAGUCUUGCAAGCUCGACAGGAGGGACACGACAAAGCAUAAUCAUUUGCGAGUCAUUUUGGAUUAG